UCAGGUUCCACUCCAAUUGCUUUUCUUUCUCGGGCAGGGGCGUACCUUCUUUGUCUUUUACUGUGAACUGUGAAUUCUGCCCCGCCGGCACUGUGCCAUUAUCCCCUCUGGCCCUUUCAACCUCGAAUCUGCAGUGAUGACUACCAGGGUAGUGCCAGCGCGUGGUGGCCAAGGUAAACCCGCGUCUACGGGUCUGCCAAACCAAAGUUUGUACUGUACCAACCUACCCGACAAAUUGCGGAAACAUGACCUACGACUCUCGCUCUACAUGCUCUUUUCGACCUACGGCACUGUUCUAGACGUCGUCGCUUUAAAAACUGAAAAAAUGCGCGGUCAAGCGCACAUAGUCUUUAAAGAUGUGCAAGCCAGUACGCAAGCUAUGCGGUCUCUACAGGGAGCGGAAUUCUUUGGUAAACAGAUGAAAAUUGUUUAUGCUAAAGGCGCAUCUGACGUUAUCUCCCGGCUCCGCGGAACCUAUCAAAUACCAACUGCCAGUGCACAAACAGUGGGGGCGUCUACAGACCUUCAAAAGUCGAUAUUUAGUGGCCCGCCAGGAUCCGUGGCAUUGCCAUCGAAGCCAUUUGGUGAGGUUAAUGGAGAAGCCCCAGGAGCUCAUGGUGUCAAAAGACCGCGUGAGGAAGAGAGCGAUGAGGAGGAAGCACCAAUGGAUGAGGAUAGUGAUGUACCGAUGGAUGCCUCGUCAGAUGAAGACUAAGUCGCUUCUUUUCGAUGAUGGGCAUAUGCCAGCCAGGCCGAGAAGGGUCCCAUGGAAAAAAGGCUGCAUGUUUGUUUUCAAACAUAGUCACAUCGCGCCUUGGAACUUCGGCAUACUCUCUGUAGUGAAGAGUUCCUUUGGCAGCUGAAGGCCGAGACGAUUACCCACGAGUCCUAGCCAGAUUAUGAGGUAAGCCUCAGGAGUGACGCAUUGCUGCUCAGCGAUACGCCUCAUCGCAUCCGUCGUUUGGCAUGGAUGAACGAAAAACGCCGGUGUUCCGGAGUCUGGAUGAUACUACGUAGCAUGAGCUCUAGCUUGGACUAGGGUCGUGAACACUUGCACGUACACCGAAACUAAUACCACCCAUGAUACCAACAUUCCGAAG